GUGGUUCAAGUGUUUUAUCUGUGGUUUAUGGUCAAUUUUUGAUAAAAGUUGUUUUUGGUUGUUUUUAAAACUAAAUAUAGAAGUAAACAACUAUUUUUGAAUUUUUCGAAAAUGGGUAAAAACAAAAAGACCAACCAAAAAUUAUUUUUUUCUAACUAUCCGUAUACAGUGAAAGAACGUUUAUACAGAAGCCCAAAAUUUUCAAAUGGGAGGCAACGUCAUAGGUAUCACAAAGGAAAUCGGGGUGAUAAUGAAAGUCAUUAUUUUAGAAGAGACAGGGCAAAUGAACAGCUCAGGCCAUCUUCUCCUGUUGAAGGAAGUGAAGAAUAUAUGGCUCGUAAGAUAAAACACACUAGUGCAAUUAUAAUGCGGCAGUUACUGACUCCAGAUGAACCAGUUAUAUCAUCAGAGUCAGCAAUAGUACAAAGCAAUGUAAACAAGUCAUUCUUAGUCACGAAGGAAAAUGCUUUGAGUGAAAAUUUAACUAAACAAAAAGAUACUCUGAAUAAAACUAAAAAAUGUAAUAAUAUUGAAUUUAAUGUAAAAGAAAUAGAAGAAAAAAUUAUGUCUCAUAUUUUGAAUUUAAAUGAUGGAAGAAGAAAAAAUUUUAUUAAUGCAACAUCAACUGGAUUAGAUGUAACUAUUCAAGAAAUGCAGAAACAAAAGAGAUUAGAGUUAUCUCGAAUAUUGAGAAACAUGUGUAAUUCACCAUACGAUCCAAAAGAGUCGGGAGAACUUAUUAACUCAAUUAUACCAGAUAUUGGAGUUAAGAUAGAAGAGUUGCCCUUGAAUGUUAUAGAAGAACUUAGAUUAACUUUAAAUUUUGACUUUGAUGAAGAACCAGUUGCUAGAACAGAAUUCGGAUUGGAUGUUGACAAUCAGGACAGGAUUGUUGACAAUUCAGGAUUGGAUGUUGACACAUCUGAUACUUCUAGUUAUACAAAAAGUCAAAAUUGCAUCGAAAAUAGUUUUACUACUUUAGAAGUUGAUAGUAUAGAAAUUAAAACUGAAGGUAUAUUAGAAGGGGAUAAUGAAGUAAACAGGAAUACACUUGAUGAUAGCGAUCUACAAAUAGUUGAUGAUAAUUCAGUGCACAGUUGCAAUACUGUUUUGAUAAAGAAUGAAAUUGAAGACGAGACUGAAUUGGAAUCAGAAAUUAUUGACUUGGAAGAUUGUGGCAAUAGUUCAGAAGAAACUGUUGUAUCUCCGAGUAUAAGCAGCAAAGAACAAAGAUUUAGACAAGAAGUAAAUAGCAACAAAGAAGUAAAUGCAGCAAAUAUAAUGUCUAAUGGUGAAAAUCUAUCUCUAUCAGAAUCAGAUUUCUAUAAUUCCUUACAAAGUUUUUCAAGGAAUUAUGGCUGCGAUGUUAGCCAUUUAAAGGAAGUUUCGCAUAAAAUGAAUUUUAUUGAUAAGUGUAUCGACCAAUUAAAGGAAUUUAGAAAAUCAAUAUUUAAUGCUUACUGCUAUAGUUUCGAAAACAAUCAAAAUGGAGGAGAGAAUCAAAUUACAAGUACACUUACAUUGACAAGUCCAGUUGUUGAUAAUGAGGUGCCCUCAAAAUUACCAGAAAGAAUUUCAGAAAAGCAGAAUACUUUACUGACAUCUGAUAUGCAUGAAAAUUACUGCAAAACCAUUAAAGAGGAACAGGAUAAUAUAGAACACAUUUUAAAUUUUCCUACACUUAAUGAAAAGGUUUUAGUUAUUCAGAGACUAAAAGAAGAAUUAGUAAUAGGUACAGAUUGCGGAAAUAUUUUUUGUAUAUGUUUGGCCACUGGAGAAAUAAUUUAUACAUUAAAGAUAACAACAGUCACAUUAACUAGUAUGUUAUUUAUUAAGGGAUUAAAUGGUUUUAUGUAUAUGUAUAUAGGAAGUUUCGAUAGAGUAUUGAGAGUAUAUGAUUAUUAUAAUAGACAGUUAUUGAAAUCUUUUGCUCUUGAUGAUCAAGUAAGCUGUAUGGAUGCUAUGUGGGGAUAUAUUUUCAUGGGUUGUAAGGCAGGAACCCUUGUAAGAUAUUGUAUAGAGAAAAGAAAAAUUGAAUCAACCGAAAAAAAUGUUGGAUUAUGUACAAUGGUAAUUAAAGCAACUCAAGAAGGGCCACGUAAAGUGCUGGUAGUAGGUUAUAGAGGAGCUCCAAUAUAUUUAAGAUGUGCAAUGUCUGGCCUUUUUUUGCGAUACUUUAGUAGCGACGCCAUAUCUCCAACUGUAUAUUCGUUAAUUUUGGAGAAUAAUUUUUUAUAUUGUGGGACUCCACAACAAAGUAUAUUGGUUUUCUCAUUUCAUAACGGCAAUCUUGUAAAUAAGAUCAGCUCUGAAAAUCUUAGAGGGAUAAGUUGCAUGAACAUUUAUAACAGUCAUCUUUUUGCUGGUUGUUAUAAUGGAAACGUAUAUGUAUACAAUUUGAAUACACAAAGUAACGUCGCAAUUAUGGAAGGUCCGGGGGGAGGUAUAAUAUCAAUGGAAGUGCUCCACAACCAGGUAAUUGUUGGAACACUUACUAAACAAUUUACUUCCAUUCCCAUUCCAAAUUCAGUUCUUUCUUGAUAGAAAUUCCAGUCUGUAUAUUAAGGAUAAAAAAACAGGAAACUACAAAAGCGCAUGUAUACUUUUAUGAUUUAUAUAAAAUAUUUUCAAAAUGUAAAUAACUUUUUAACUAGAAUAUGUAUAUAUUGUUUUGUUAUGUAUAUAAAUAGAAUUAGUAUUUCUUUUUAAUGAAUUUUGGUAUUUUGGUAAUCCUAUACACUAUACAAAAAUUUAAAUAAAUUUUUAGGAGCCUAUCAUAAUGCAAAAUCAGGAGAUAAAAAAAAUACAUAUGCGAAUCACAUACUGAUUCAAGGUACAGUAAAAUCUAUAGUUUCUACAGGAAAAGCAUAUACCAUCUCGAUAGUCGACAUCCAAAUAAUUACAGAAAAGCAAUGUACUUAUUUAUGUAGUAAUGCAAGUAAAGUAACAUACAACUGUUACUGUUACACUAUAGGUUAGUAUUAGACCGGCUAUAGGUUACAGUAGCGACAUCUUGAAAUAGUUUGCAUUGUUAUUGAUAUUUUGUGCUGAAUUGAUGUAAAAGCCGGUUUUUGUAAUGCUCCAGUAUACAGAUUUGUAAAAUUUGGUGCCUACAUAGACAUAAAAUUGAAGUUUGAA